AUGAGCUCCAAAGACGAAAUUCAGUUACAGCCGCCGGCGUUCAACCUCGCGUUGCACGUAAAGUAUCUUGUAGGACUCAAAAACAAGACAGAAGAUUUCGAAUCUUGUAUGACGGAGCAUAUGCGCGUGAGCGGUCUGUAUUGGGGCGUAGGGGCCAUGGCACUGCUAAACCGUGAGGCAGAUAUGGAACCAGCCGAGAUUGUGGACUGGGUAUUGCAGUGUGAGCACCCAGAAGGAGGAUUUUCUGGUAACGUGGGCCACGAUCGCCAUCUGCUCUACACGUUACACGCUUUGCUAGUGCUGGCUAUGCUAGGCGCGCUAGACCGGAUCAAACGUCAUGAGUGCGCAAGCUACGUAGCGUCAUUGCAGCAGCCCAACGGAUCUUUUGCCGGUGACGAGUGGAAAGAAAUUGAUACCAAGUUUACAUACUGUUCACUUUUGGCAUUGAAGAUAUUGGACAAGCUGGAGCUCGUGGACGUGGAGAGUGCCAUGGCCUAUAUCGGCACGUGCCGCAACUUUGACGGUGGUUUUGGUAACAUUCCAGGCUGCGAAUCGCACGGUGGCCACAUUUUUACCGCUGUAGGUGCGCUAUCGCUGGGAUUCGCCUUAGAAGAAUAUGUGGAUGAAGAACUACUGGGGUGGUGGCUAUGUGAACGGCAAUGUGACUCAGGAGGUCUGAAUGGCCGACCUGAGAAGCAGGCUGAUGUGUGCUAUAGUUGGUGGAACAUAUCGUCACUUAUCAUGAUAGGAAAAAUUGACUGGAUUAGCAAAGAAAAACUCAUUAAUUACAUUCUAGCGUGUCAAGAUGUCGAAGAUGGAGGUAUUGCCGACCGACCUGGAAAUGUGGCAGAUGUAUUCCACACUUUCUUUGGUAUCGCUGGACUUUGUAUGCUUGGGUAUUUUGAACGAGAAAAAAAACGGCAUCCAGAGUAUCAAGGGAUUCGACAGAUUCAUCCGACAUUUGCUAUACCUACGGAUGUUGUAGAGAAACUGCACUUAACAGCCGAUAGGAUCCUGCCAUACAUGCGCGAGGAGUAA